GUGCAUUAUUAUACAUAUACUCUCUUUUAUCUAAUACACAAAAAAAAAUGGAUCAAGAUAAUACUGGAAUUAGUAGUACUGGGCUGAUGUCCAUGGCAGCAUCUCCUUUGCAUAGUUUUAAGCCACUUAGCAAUAUAUGUGAAAGCUUCUGUGGUAUUCAUCCUUACUGUGGUGAUCUUAAACGUCAAGUGGUAGCCUAUCACUAUUGCUCCAUGCUUGAUGAAGAUCGUCGUCAAUGUUUAAUCUAUGAUGAUAAUAAGCCAACUGCUAAACUGAUUGGCGUAGAGUUUAUGAUCUCUGAAAAGUUGUUCAAAGAGUUACCCGAAGAAGAAAAGAAAUACUGGCAUUCUCAUAAAUACGAAGUAGAGAGUGGCAUGUUGGUAAUGAAUUCUAAAUCUAUGGUACCAAACAAAGUUGCAACUAUGGGUGAAAAUGAACAAUUGAAAGCAAUUAUAAACACAUAUGGCAAGACUUGGCAAUUUUGGCCUGUGGAUGAUAAUCACAAAUGUUCAUCCAAUAUUCCCUAUGGUCCUCCUCAAUUAUUAAUGGCCUUUACAAAAGAUGGCCAAGUAGAUCCUAAACUUAUUCAGGAACGCGAUGAAAAUAUGGGAGUAGAUAGUAAUCAAAGAAGAAAAGAUCGUGAAGGUGUAUUGGUUGGAAAUACACCAUUAGAAGGCGCUGACCAUUGGGAGCAUUCUGCACCAUGGCAAAUCAAGAUAGAGCAGCAAAAAUAAGCACAUACUGACUCUAUGAAAUAUUAUUUUUUUUUGAACCCAUUUUACAGCAAUACUUUUUUACGAAAUAAAUAUCACGUAUCACAAAAAGAAUAAUCCUUUUCUAUAACGAACAUAAUUCUCCCAACAUUUUAGUAUGAAUUUGCUCUUCUUUAAUAAAUAUUUGUAUUGGAGACUUUGCAGCAAAUGAUUAA